AUUGAGAAAUCCAUUGCAAUCGGAUUGGGAAGGAUUUUUGUCAUGUCAACACAAAACUCCGUAGGUUCUCCCAACUUGAGAAGGAGAGGAACAACUUCCCGUACUUCAGGUUUUAGUACGUCAGGUACUGGUGGUGGAAAUACUUCAAGGAAUUACUUUUCUGCAAGAUUGUAUAGCGACGAAGCACCCGGUUUGAAAGUGGGACCGACGUCGGUUAUGAUCUUUAGUUUCGUCUUUAUAGCAUUUGUCGUUGUUCUUCAUAUUUGGUCCAAGUUUCGAGGUUAAAGUGACUGUUUUGAAAUUGAUCAGCAACGUUGAAAACCAUGCAAGUAUUUUAGUAUUCAUUUGGCAAACAAUCUAAAAGUGGACGUCACAACAACAUGGUUAGUGCACGUUUUUGUAAGGAUGUU